AGCCAGCUUGCUGCUAGCUCCGCUGCUAGCUCCUCCUGCCUCCGUGAUCAGACGCACCGGCUCCAUUCACAUCACGGUGCUGUUGGGAAACCACCCCGCUCUCAGACCCUCUCAGACCCGCUGACGGCUCACAGAAGGGACGCCUCGUGUGUCAAAUAACUGAAGAUGAUUAAGCUCUUUUCCCUGAAGCAGCAGAAGAAAGACGAGGAAUCUGCUGGAGGAAACAGAACCGGAGCCGGGGGCAAGAAAGCCAGCGCGGCCCAGCUCCGAAUACAGAAAGACAUCAAUGAGUUGAACUUACCAAAGACGUGUGAGAUCAACUUCCCCGAUGAUGACGACCUCCUCAACUUCAGACUCAUCAUUUCACCGGACGAGGGUUUUUACAAAGGAGGAAAGUUUGUCUUCAGCUUUAAGGUAGGACAGGGUUACCCCCACGACCCCCCAAAGGUAAAGUGUGAGACGAUGGUGUAUCACCCCAACAUCGACCUGGAGGGCAACGUCUGCCUAAACAUCCUAAGAGAGGACUGGAAGCCCGUGCUGACAAUAAACUCCAUCAUCUACGGCCUACAGUAUCUAUUUCUAGAGCCAAACCCAGAGGAUCCGCUGAACAAGGAGGCGGCGGAGGUCCUGCAGACGAACCGGCGGCUCUUCGAGCAGAAUGUCCAUCGCUCCCUGAGGGGCGGCUACGUGGGCGCCACCUACUUUGAGAGAUGUCUUAAAUAACUUAGCGUCCCAUCAUCCUCUGAGCUCCCUCUCAUCCCACCUCCCCCCUCCCACCACCUUCACUACUUCUCCUCCCCCUCCUCCCCGGUCCUGCUCGUUGGCUGAAGCAGGAGCUGCGGCGACAGGAAGCAGCACGCCAGAAGACGCUUUUCUGUUUCAAAACAAAAGAAGAAGAACCUCAUCCUCCCCCUCUGCCCUCCUCCCUCUCCUCCCGUUUCUCUCUGUUUAACUUCUGAGACGCAGCAUUGAACCGUCGACAUGCCGCCGCGGGACGCCGACACACAACACACACCUAAAUGGACUCAAAAAGAUGGCUGCCAGCAGACGGCCGCCGAUGAUGAUGAUAAUGGGGGAGGGGGAGGGCAGGGUGGUCAGUGAUGGCCAUGAUGCUGGUGAUGAUGAUACCCAUGUGAUUUUUUUUUUUUUCGUUCUUUUUGUUAGUUUUCGAGUUUUUGGCGAGGGCGCCUGACAUCAGAUGGGCGGUUAGAAUGGACCCGCCCCCUUGUUGGUUACAUGCAAGUCCACUAGCAGCAAACUCCAAACCCUCGCAGCUUCAGUGUUGUAUGGACACUUGUGGGCGGAGCUUGUGACCACCUGUAGGCGGAGCCUUAAAGCCAUCCGCUGCACCUGCAGAUGUAAUGAUAAUGUCAGCACAAGGGGAGGGGCUUGUAGGAGAGGGGCCUUAAGCACAUGCUCUUUUUUUUCUACUCCAGUGUUUUGUGGGUGCCCACACCAAAGGGGGAGUGG